AUGAAUAGUCAAAAGUAGUCUAAUAAAAGAAAGUCAAGUGGAAAAUCUGAUUAAGACGAGAGCAACUACAAGUCUAAAGAUUAAAUUAAGGAUCUUAUUAAAAAAGACGAGGACUAUUUGAACACUAAGACUGAGUUGGAAAAGGAAUAAAUCAUGAAGUCAAGGUUCGACAAGCGCCAGUAAUUGCUUGAGAGAUAUGAAUUGAUGCAAAAAUAAAGACUCAUCGGCCUGAAGCCGUCUCUUUCACAGAAUCAAUAAAAACUCUCAUUGAAUAAUAGGCAUCAAAAUCAUUCUGAUCACCCAUCUCAGUGCUCUGACUGCUCUGAUAACAAAAAGAGAAGAUCUAGUUCGAAUAAACCUAGAUCAUCAAAGUCAAGCAGUUCAAGCUCAUCAAGUUCCUCGUCUUCUUCUUCAUCAUCAUCAAGGUCAGAUAUAUCGGACAAGCCCAAAGUGCCUUCAAAAAAAACAAUGGCAUCUACUUAACUAAAAGGUGAUGCCAACACAGCAGCAUUAAAAGAUGCUUCUCCAAUUAUUCUGUCGAGAAAGUAGCUAAUCUGUUUAUUAGACGAAUAAUACUUUGAUGAGAUUAUAAUCGGCGCUCUUGUGAGAGUUUCAUUUGAGAAUAAAUACCGAGUUAGUAAAAUAGUAAAAAGUGUAGAUUCUAUUUGUGAAUAUUUGGUUGAUAAUCCUAUGAAGAUUGUAGGUAACUCUAAGGUUCCAAUGGGAGCUGUUUAUACUAAAAAGGAGAUUUUGUGUAAAUACGGCCAAUUUGAGAAGAAAUUUAAAAUUACUCUUAUCAGCAACUCUGCCCCUACCAUUGAUGAGUAUUUAGCAUUUCAACAAGCAAGAGUAAGAUGCGGCAAGAAAUUGCUGACUAAAAAUUACUGUGAUGCUAAGACGAGGAAUAUCAACAGACUUAAGAAUACUCAACUAAGACCAGAAGAAAUAGCCAGGAGAGUUAAAGAAAGGGUGCAAAAUAAGAUACUAAAAGGUGAUAUCAGUGGAUUAAAUUUAUUUGUUGAGAAGAAGAAACUUGAAAUUGAGAUUCAGUAGCUGGAGGAGAUGCUUAAAGACUCUAAGCUCAAUAGAAAUGAUUACUAAGUUUACAAGAAUCAGGUUCAACAGCAGAAAGACCUAUUGUAUAAAAUGUGCUAACUAGAAUAAAAGGCUUAGGCUGAGUUAGCAGCCUAGAAUGUAAAGGAUGAAGAUCAAGAAAUGAAGGAUGAGAGUGAGCAUUACUAGCACGAUAAGGACUAGCUUAGGAAAAUGAGGGAACAGGUAUUGAAGUAGAGAGAGUUGGAGAAGAAUUUACAAAUGGAAUAAGAAAUGCUGGUGAAAUGA